AGGACAAGAUUUAGUGUGAGAAUGUCCAGCUCCCCUCAAGAAGGGGACUGUGAGGACCGGUCCUACACUCCUCCCCUGCCUCCCAACGACUGUGCUCUCAACCCUCAUAAACCUCAACCUGUAGAAAAUGAUCAACCACAGGAUUCCCAGAAGCCAUCCAGUUAUGAAUCAAAUUUCAAUGAUCUUGAUGUAAAUGUAGUCUUAACUCAGGACAGUUCUGCUUCACAUAAUAUUGAAGAACCUUUGAUAAACCACCUGCAAAAAUAUUCGUUGCUUUCAACAUCUAAAGAGAAUACAGUUGGCAUCAGUGAGUCUGUUUCUGUAUGUGAUGACACUGCCCAAACAAACAGCAUAGAUGUUUUAGACAAUAGUUUCUCUACUUCUGAUGAAAUUUUCAAUUCAAUAGAAGAAAACAAUGACCAGAAUUUUAAAGACAAACUUGAAAAAUGCAAGCCACCUUUAGGUAAUGGCUUGUCACCUUCAGAAAAUGAAAGUGCGGUGCACCAACUUGGUGAUGAUGUGACGCCUAAUCUUGGCACUUGGAGCUAUCCUAGCCAUGGUGCAGGGCUGAAUGGAGACACUCAACCACAGUCAGAGUUGAGCUCAAAUUUGAGCACCUCUGCGAUGGGACUCCCUGACACAGGCUACAUACAGACUCCUUUAGAUGACCCUCGAUGCACCAAGGCCUUGGAUACAGCAAUGGCUGACUCUCCUGCAUCGCCAACACCUUGCAGUGCAGAUGAUGCCCCUGAUUCUACAUUUCAGGGCUUUUCACCCACUGAACAUCCUCAUGGGACUUCAGACUCUGCCCGCAACAUUGACAGUGUUUAUGCUAAAGACAGAGAUAUCUAUAAUGGCCCAACUGAUGUACAAUGUUCAAGGACCGAAGAUUAUUCUGAUUCACCUGCUUCUCCUCCAACAUUCCUUGCAACCAAGCUCCCAUCUCCUCGGCAGCAAUGUGAAGACGACCCAUCCCUCAUACCUCCCCUGCUCUCAGUAUCGUGCAGAACAGAAGAUGAGGCUGGGUUUGAGGAGUGCAGAGACAGCCAUUCUCCUUGCACUCCACCUUUGCCUCCUACACAACCUCCACCUCUUCCUCCGCCUCCUCUAACUCCUCCACCUCUACCUCUUUCACCUCCACCUCCUCCUUUGUCUCCACCCCCAUCUAGCAGGUCUUCCCCCAAAUCCCCCACUCAAACGUUUCUUUCACCGCCAGCAGCGGGCGAAAAUUUAACCAAACCUAAAAUCUGUGAUCCUCCUGAUUCUGAUGAGUUCCAGAAUUACCCUGGAUGUCCAAGCCCCAACACUAAUUCUACAUUUCAGCGUAAUCUGGAUGACAAAAUGGCAAGCCUACUAUCAAAGUUUACGGAAAAGAAUCAAAAUGGUCCCAGUGAGGAGGAUUCAUUGCAAGCCUCAUUGGAAGCAAAAGAAUAUGCCAACAAGACUUUAAAUGCAAGCUCACCUCUUUCACCGGACCGUCCAUUUCUGCCGCCUGUGUUCACUUCUUUCUUGCCUUCAAGUGGAGAGAUUUUUUCUGCGGGUAGAGCCAGCAGUGGCUUGCUGAAUAACAGUCCACCUUCUCCCUCGUCAACGUCAGACUCUUCAGACACCGAUGAUUCAUUCACAUACAGCAGAGUAUCGUCUUCACAGACACAUACAGCUGGGCACAGGGCUAAGAAAAAGAAAAGCUGGCGGAAGAGGAGUAAAAAGAGAACCGCGUCAUCCCCAUUCAAUGAGGUGUCUAUUGAGUGUCCCCCUUCUCCGACCCCGCAGUUUGGGUCCCCGGAUUCUUCGCGGUCCCCUUCGCCUGCCCCGAUGGCGAGAAUGAGCGAGAAGAGGAAAAUGCUUGAUGGAACUACAGGCGACUUGCAGAGCAAGUGGCGGCGUAACGUCAACACCGUCCAUGACGUCACGGAGAGUAGAUCUGCUGCAGCUACUGCAGGGUCACUGCCUAUACGGUUACAAGCUCCUCUGCCGUCAUUGUGUAUCAAUACGUCCAUUCCUCCACCUCUACCUCCCAACAUCCCGCCACCUCCCAUCCCUCCCCCACCUCCUCUUGCCAUCACAGGAGCCCCCAGCCCCGCACAUAUAUCGUCCACACACGACGGCUCCUUCCUGCCCUUACGAGUGGCUGACAUACUCAGCCCCACGGGGUCGUGCCGCAGUGACAUCAUGAGCCCCACGAGAGGGGCUGACCUCAUGAGCCCCAUCAUCCCUGUGCUGGGGGGCAUGGUUACUAACUGCCGCCCCCCGGACGGCAUGAGUCCGGUUGCCUCAGGCCGUGGCGACAUAAUGUCGCCUCCUCCUCAGUCGCCCCGCUACGGCAGCGUCAUGUCACCGAGCCAUACUCCCUCUGCCGCAUAUUUCCAUUCACUGCCCUCUUCUUAUAAGUUGAACUCUGCCCCAAACACCGGUGCUCCCCACGCCCCUUCUGGGGGGGAUGGAUCCAAGUACUCUGGUAGUGGCAAUCACUCAUCACACUCGAGUCACCAUCAUCACCAUCACCACCACAGGAGCAGCAGAUCCAACACCAGUAGUAACAGCCGUCGAGCUCGGUCACCCAUGGACCUACCUGUACCCAAAUGGAACUUAGAUCCUAUUUAUACUCGUCCCAAAGUUCAAGGUAAAACGCCUCCUCACCAAAAAGAGCGUCCUGGUAAAACUCCACCUUACCAGCGAGAGAACAGUGUAAUAAAAGAGAAGGAAAUUAUCUUACAGCCUGUUGAGCCGCGUCGAAUUACCAUACCUCCUUCGGCCGAGAAACUCCGCCGCUACAGCGAGGAUAAGGAGCGCAUCAUGGACCGCGACAAGCGGCUCUCCAUAGAGUCUUUGGACUCUCCCAAAAGCCGCGUUUUUGACGAGAACAGCAACGGUGGCAACUCUCGAACAGGUGUCCUAGAAAGGUCGAAUUCCGCGAGCAGUCAAAGUUUAGUGAGUAAAAUUGACUCGGAAUCCGAGAGUGUAGCCAUUGAAACUGAUGCAGAAACUGACUCAAAGGCUCAAGCAACUGCGCGAUCACGAACGAGCGGUGACGCUGGGCCCAAGUUGGAUUUUCAGGACGAAGUCUUGGGAGAGCUGGGGGAGUUUGCUGCUGCGGGUGACACUUCAAUAUACACCGGGCCUGAGCUCGAGGAAGUGGUUGAAAAAGCUGUCCCUUCUGGUGGGAUAAAAGAGGAAGAAAUGAACUUGCUCUCGUCCACUAAAAGUAGGAGUAAACUGCCCACAUCUUCGAAGAGAGCGGAAAGAGAGCCACCGAAUAAUACGUCUAACACCUCCAUAGACGUAAGCUUCGAUAAAAUGGAAAUAAUGGCCGAGCCCGAUAAAGAUAGUGUGCGAAUUGCCUGCAUUGACACUGACGUCAAAGUCGCUGUCAAACUCGAAUUCAAACCCGAAAAGGACGCGCUUGUCGAGUCCCUCGCAUUGCCGCUGCCUGCAGCACCAAGUCGUGAUGUUGAUGCACCUAUUGAUGAUAAACCUGUGAUUAAAGUAGAGAGUGAUUGCAAAACCGCGGGUAAUGUAGAAACAGACAAGUCGGUGCUUAAGGGUAAAACUGAAGCUGAGCCUGUACUUAAAGUAGAAACUAACCAUGUGAAUGAAGUCGAAAACAAAAGUAAAAUUGAAAGUAAAAAUGAUAUUUUUGCUGAACCAAAGGAAGUUAUUAAAUCGCAGACCUCGAGCCACAGGAGCGACAAACAUGACAAGUCGAGCCGACAAGACAAAAGCAAGAGCCAUGGCAGCUCCUCGCACGAGAGCUCUCGCCGGCACCACAAGGACGGUCGGUCCAGCAGCAGUCGCCAGUGUUCGCGGUGCUACAAGAGGAGUAAAAUCAAACGCUACAACUGCGGUGUUCAGUGUGUCCUAACUCCAGCAUCUGAUUCAUUACCCGAUGCCCAGAAACCCGUGGACAUCAGUAAAGUGACGAGCAAUGCAACGAGCGCUGAGACUAAGCGCAGUGCGUCACGACGCCCCAAAACGUUGCGUAAGGAUCUCAAGUACGGGGACUUGAUACACAUCGAGACGUACCCUAACGGCGAGGCGUCUGUGUGCCAUAUGUACGAGGAUGAGAUGACGCACCUCACACCUCAGCAGCGGGAAGAAGCUGCCAGAGAGUUCCUCGAGGUGGUGUUCGCGGAGGACAGCGCUGGGUACGCGGACCACGUGUGCGGGAUCGUGCACGACUCGGCGCACUACAUGCCCGACCUGCUCGACUACUUCAGCGAGCGCCACGCUAACCUCAUCGUCAAGGCGGGCGUUAUCGGCCAUAUUGGCCGCAACAGUGACCUCGAGACCUACACUAUGCAAAAGUACAAGGAAGAGGUGUAUCGCGGGUACUGCGGUGGCACGUUCCGUGCUGGCCCGCUGCACCAGGUGAGCGUGGUGGGCACGGUGCAUGAGGAGGUGGGGGGCUACUUCCCCCACUUCCUGAGCAUGGUGGAGGAGAACCCCUUCCUGCGUCUGGCCAUGCCCUGGGGGGAGCUGUCCUCCCUCUGUGGCUCCCCUCCACAGCAGAGCAACGACGGCCCUAUUGUGUGGAUCAGGCCUGGCGAGCAGCUUAUUCCUACGGCAGAGCUGGGCAAGAGUCCUGCCAAGAGAAAGAGAACUGGCAUCAACGAGCUGCAGCGUCUACAGUACCUGCCACGUGCGAGCAACGCCCGCGAGAUGUUGUUCGAGGACAGGACCAAGGCUCAUGCCGACCACGUGGGGGCAGGGCUUUACCGCCGCACUACUGGUGCUGUCGGCAUCCUGAAGGCGGUGCACUGCGGAGAAUCUUACACACACAAUAGAAUUGUGAAGGACGUCGUGGCGUUCGAUGCUCACGACUUCGAUGAGGUCGUGGAGAAGCUGCAACUCGACCUGCACGAGCCUCCCACCUCGCAGUGCGUUUUGUGGAUCGAGGACGCGAAGCUGAACCAGCUGCGGCGGGAGGGCAUCAGGUUCGCCAGGAUCCAGCUGUGCGAUAACGACAUUUACUUCCUGCCUCGCAACAUCAUCCACCAGUUCCGCACCGUCACCGCCGUCUGCAGCGUUGCUUGGCACGUGCAGCUGAAGCAAUACUACGUGGGUGAGCGCAGCAGCGAUGCGCUGGAGGACGGCCUGGAGACUAAGAUCGAGUACGGCCGCUUGGAGACCACGUCCCGGCCUGACGACGCGCAGGACGACGAGGUCGUCAAGAAGACGGAGCAGUUAACUGACGACAUGGAAGGCUCUAAGGCAGAGCAACCUAUCAAGAAAGAUCUUAAGAGAAGCAGAAGCAAAGAAUCUGCGACAGAAAGCAAAAACAAUGACAGUAAAAAGACGUCAGAGAAGCGUGAUGACAAGCCCGAAAGAAGAAAAGAUCAAAGUAGUAGAGAGGAGAGCAGAGACAAGCAUAAGCACCACAAGCAUAAAAAAGAGAAGGAUAGAGAACGCUCGAACAGAGAUGGUGAGCGUUCGAGCAGGGACAGAGAGAGGUCUAAGGACCGAGAUAAGAGUGAUAAACUUAAAAAGAGAGAGAGAAGAGAAAGCUCCGUCGAUAUUGAUAGAGUGAAAAAGAAAUUAAAAUUGGGUAAUGACAGCCCUCGUCCACAAGACGGACCUGCUCCGGGCGAUGCUGGAACAACGCUUACUGCGGCUACUGAUCUAACGUCCUUGAAGCCCGAGACAGCAACUGAAGACAGUCGGAGCGCUACGGCCAACGUGGGCGCGACCACAACUGAUACUACAACGUCUGACGUUGGUGACACGGUGACAGCUUCUGUCACGGGAACCACCGCUAGCAUCUCACCUGCUGUUGGUGUCAGUGCAACUAACGCUGUUGGUACUAGUGGAAUUAUUCCUACUACAGUGAGCAGCGGCCCUAACGCUGCUCCUGCUAAGCCAAAAGUUCGCAAGUCGAGUCAGUGUCGGACGAACAACAGCAGCGUGGACUUGCUAGACUCCAUCAUGGCAGUGAUGACACCUCGACCGCACAAGUGAAACUCAGCGCCAUGUAUCAUCAAUAGAAUUCAACCACAGAAGUGAAAUGCCGUGUAAAAGUGUGAGGUAACUUGGAAACAUAUUCCAAAAAUUCAAUGUUCCUCUUACUUGUGAAGUUUUCAUGACGAAUUCAUUACGUGUUAAUUAUUCGCUUUGGUAUGAUUUCAUAACUUUUCAUUGCUUAAUUCAAUGGUUAUAAAAGCGUCGAUUCGUUGAGAUGUACUCCUAUAAAUUCAUACUGUGCAUUAACCGAAAAUUCCGUUAAAUUCUUCGUUGACAAUAUCACUGGGUGAGUGUAAAACUCGAAGUUUCCCCCACUUAUUUUCGUGGCAGCUAAACAUGAUGACAGUAAAGCGUGUAUAAGGACACAAUACUCUGUAUGAUCAUUAUUCUGAUUUAAACAUUAAUUAACACGACCUGGCGAUAACUCUCUAUAAAAUGAGUGUGAUGUGUGUGUAAGCACCUAACAAAAUUUUUCUCGGAAAGCAAAGGAUUGCCCAAGUAUAAAAUGUUAAAUUCACUUCAUAAAGUUUAUGAUCGAUAUUAAACAGUUUUGCUUGUGAUAUCUCCCGCUGUAUUGCUGGUUUGAGUGAUCUCAGGGCUUCUUUAGUGUUUUCUGUAUCUUUUCAUCGUGAGUUACGCAAGAGAUUGUAAGUUGUUGAUCUAAAUCUCUCUUAUGAAUGCCGUGCUUUGAUUUUAAACAAUAUUUGAUCGGUAUAAAUCUCGUUCUAUAGAGCUCUUUUGUCACGUUAAUGACAAGUUAUCGGACUUACGGACUAAUUUAAAUGCACUGGAUUCGUUCGUGGCCGCGUCUAUCCGUAGCCAUUGUAGCAAUUAGUUUUUUGCUGCUUUGUAUAGAUUUAUUAGAUGUGAAGUUAUCAGGUUUCGAUUUUGUAAAGUUAUCAGGCCGAUUUAAUGAAAGGAGUGCUUUUCAAGUGUUUCGAUUUGAAAUUUUACUAAAUUUCUUGAGCCUUUCAAUAUGACGAGGGUGAGCCGAUUAUAUUUGUGUCGUGUUUUGAACAUUUCUCUAGUGAACAAACUGUACAUUGCUUGCGUUUAUUCUCAAGUUUUAGUUUGGAAUGCAGCCAUAGCCAUUUAUCGAUGGCUUAGUAUUACCUUGUUAUGUUCUGGCCUUGUGCUGAUUUGUUGAAAUUACUUUUCUAGUUUUAAUCUUUAUUGCGUAAUAUUACGCUUAAUAUGGCAUUUGAUUCCAUUGCAUACCAUUUCAUGGAGUGAAGGAAUAUUUUAAAUUAAUAGUUACUGUUUAAAUGUUGUGUGGCUUCUUAUGAUCUGUUAUUGAUUUGAAUUUAUUUCUUGGGCGCCUAUAAUUUCUUUUGUAUUAUCUUAUUCAUGCAGAUGAUUCCCGAAAUUAUGAAAAUGGCUCGAAUUAUUCACGAAUAAUAUUCCAAAAGGGUGAAACGUUCUGACCAAGGGACUGGAUUUUCGCUUUUCUAAAGUGAAUAAUUACAGUCUGAAACUAUGUUUCAGUAGUGAAGGGAGCGUUUUCAGAAUUUGCUUGAGUGAUAUCGUCAGCUUCAGAAGCUGCACUUGUUCCUUGCAUAGGCUCCUUUACCAGCGAUCAAACUUGGGUGGCCUAUCUUUUCUGUAGCAUAGCAGGGCUGAGCGUGUACAAACGUGUGAAUUUUAGCUUGUACUUAUAUAGUAUAAGAAGUCUUCAUCACUUCUUUUGUGUUCAGUUCAUUUGGUACACGGUAAUAUACGGUUUACCUGGCUGAAGUGUCUUUCUAUUGACCCUGUGGUGGUCUGGAAAGAUAAAGCACCGACCCAGCCAGGAGUCACUUGUGUUGGCGUCCCAAGUCUAUGUUUUGACAACCAAAGCGUGCGACACAAUGAGCGCACUCGUCGUGUCCUUCAACAUGACGAACAACAUGUUAAUGUGUACAAAUUAUGUAGAAUAUUGAUAGGAGGACUCAGUCCCCCGAGCGUUGUCUCUUUGUUGCUAUUUCGUACCUGUUGGGUUAAUCUUAAACUGAUUCUCGAGUAUGGGCAUUCUUAGCAGCCGCCAUCUUGUACCGCCUGAGGCCAUCGUAUACAUGUUAUAAAUGUGACUAUCUUAUUUCGAAUCAUCAUGGACUCAUGAAUGUUAUUUUUCUAUUCUAUUAAAUUUAAGAAUGGACUGUCAAGUAUGAAAUUUGUCGGCGUGGACGGCGUUUGAACCUCAUCAAUUGUCAAUUUAUCCGUAUUCCGUACGUCGUAUUCUAAUUACUAAAAUUAUUCAGAUUUAACUUUUGACUCGAAGGCAUAUUCUCACGCCUGUAUUUUUCGACUGUUUCGUGAAAAUGCCUCCUUUGGAUCAAAUAGUAAUAAGUUAGUGUCGUUGUACGCAAUAUUGGGAAUUUUUAUUUGAUUUAAUAUCUUUUUGCAUUUCAGGCUAUUUGCGUUCCGAAGGAAGCAAGUUUCGAGCA